GGUAUUCAUUGAAAGCUGGAGUAGUUGGCUGGAUUGUUUGGCUUCGUCUUAGUGUUGUCGUUGCAGAACCCGGGCUGGCUUUUUUUGGGGGGGAGGGCAGAGGAGCCGGGAUCCGCUCUGUGAAGGUGAUACAUUGUAACGAUCUGAUUACUGGAAGCAUUGCUUCGUCUGCAUGAAGAAGAUCUGAACCCGGGAGGAACCUGCUCUGUCUGUGGUCAGGAGGAGGUGAAGAUCCUGGAUGUGAACAGACUCGGACACUUGUGAUACCCCCCUCUCCACAUUGUCACCAGGAGUUGCCCCUCCAGCCCUUUAUAGGGGUCCCCCUGCAGGGUGAUUAGGACUGAUCCCUGAAGCUACCAUCGACUCUCCAGGGAGGAGAUCCCUCUUGAUCACCCACACCCAACCCACCAGGGUCUCCCCCUCUUCGGUUUAUCUCAUCAGACACCCCCCAAAGCUGAAUCUCCCCCAUGGAUACAGCAUCUACUUCAACUUUUGAUUCAGAGGAUGGAACCCCAAAUUAUACGAGGCGGAGGACCGUGGAGGAUUUCAAUAAGUUCUGCACGUUUGUUCUGGCGUACGCCGGGUACAUUCCUUACCCCGAAGAGGAGGCCCCGUUAAGAGCGAGCGCCAGUCCUCCUAAUAGCACCGGCAGUACGGUGGACAGUGACAGCUGGGACUCGAGAUAUCAGGACCUGCCGUCUAGCGAUGCCCUCCCGAUCAAAAAACGACGAAGCUUCGGUGACUUCAAGCACGAGAGGACCUACUCCAGCUCCAUGAAACGCUCCAAGCUGGGCAGCUUCCUCCUGGACAGGAAGAAAAUCGACAAAAUCAAGAGGAAGAAGAAACUGAAGAAAAAGGAGCAGGAAGCGGAACUGAGCGAGCAGAAGUAUAUCGAGGCCUUCAUCAAACUCGAGCCACCGGAUUCGCCCGUCGAGGAGAGCACUCCGAUGAUAGAUCAUCAUGCGUUGGACCUCAAGAUGUCCCCUCCGCAUAUCCCACCGGAGCCCGUCAUAGAACAUUCCAGCGCCAGCAUGGACAGCGCCUCCGCCGCCAUGGCGUACGAUGAGGCGGAGGACGUCAAGUCCGAGUACUCGGAGGUCAACUUGGGCAAGCGAACGGUCAUACGGCAGGGGAAGCAGGUGGUUUUCCGGGAUGAAGACAGCACCGGAAACGAUGAGGAUAUCAUGGUGGAUUCAGAUGAUGAGUCGUGGCAUCUGGUGACCUGCUUCUGCAUGAAGCCCUUCGCAGGAAGGCCGAUGAUCGAGUGCAAUGAAUGCAACACUUGGAUCCACCUCUCCUGCGCCAAAAUCCGCAAGUCCAACGUCCCCGAGGUCUACGUCUGCCAAAAGUGCCGAGACACCAAAUUCGACAUCCGCCGGUCCAACCGCUCGCGCAUGGGCUGCCGAAAGCUAUUCCUGGACUAAUGCGGCGUCGGGAACGGACGUUCGCCGGGCAGAAGCACACAGGUCUAUUACCGUGCAACAAGUUCUUCUGAGACUUUUUCAGAAUAAAAACAGAACAUAUUUAUGUUUUAAUUGGGCACAAAUUUAUAUAUUGUUAAUAUGCUUUUUGUUUUGUUUGAAGACCCAAACCGAAGGCUACGAGGCGUUCAGAAUUAGCUGGGAUAAUCUGAAAAGAAGUCCAAAGUGUCCCGGUCGUUUAUUUUUGUAGUGUUUUUUUUUUUUUUUUUUUUUUUUUUGUGUUUUUCUUUGGUUCGAUGUGUAAUAUGGCACUAACAAACAGAGGGGGGAGGGGGUAUUAGCCGUACGCAGGGACUGGAUCCCAAAUAAAUACUCGUCUGUCUCC